AACUUGGGCUGUUAUUACAUUUUUGGUCUACCUCUCGGAUAUGUUCUUGGCUAUGUGGCUAAUUUUGGAGUGAUGGGACUCUGGGGUGGCAUGAUAGCCGGAGUAGCUCUACAGACGUUGCUGCUGUUGCUGGUACUUUACAAAACCAACUGGAACAUGGAGGUUGACCGAAUAACGGAGCGUAUGCGAAAGUGGGGAGGGCAAGAUAUAAUUGAGAGAUCACAUAUUGACAAGCUUCCAUUAAAUAAUGGAAGGUAGGGUUUGCCAGAAUUUCGAUGGGAUAAAAAUAAAAAAGGAUUGCAAAAAAUUUUAAAGUAAUAAUUACUUAUUUAGAAUCUUGUCAAGCAAAUCUAAUGAGACAAAAUUCGAGUUAACGAGAAAAAAUAAUGUUACUCCUCAUGAUUUCAAUUAUAAAAAUUAUUGUAUAUAUCAAGUCAUUUGUACUUUGUUUGCCAA